UUCAAUAAAGUUUGGAGUUUUGACUUUAGCCAUCAUUUCUGCACAGUUCUCGUCUGAUAUAUAUUGUCAGCAAAGGCGAAACAAACAGAAUGACAAGCAGGGAUAUAGUUUGCAACAAGAUCCACUUCAGACAUGACCCAAAGUGGAGUAGGCGCCUUGGGCCUGUGGAGGGAGGCGGGCUGCUGCUCUGUGUGGCCUGCCUCAUUGAAAUGAUUGACAAUGAAGACAUAGCAUCUGUGAGGAAGUCUUCUGCCUUGUCCAGUGUAAGUGGAGUGCUGAAGUGUUCUCCGGGGGCUUUGAGAGAGCUGCUCCAACAGGACCACAGAGUCUGUCUGCAUUUUACAGCCAAACUAUUGGGGAUGCUUCAAACUGCAGAGGACCCUGUAACUCUGGAGAAGGUUGACCAAGUGCUGGUUCAGCUACUCCUGGAGCUCCAGAGCGAGCUGUCAUUUCGCUUCGUUUUGGAUGAGAUACACAAACAGCUUACUGAGCAGCUCAGUGUGAAGCAUUUCCUGCCUACAUUCAGCUUCUUGGGUAACCUAAUAAAAGCUGCCCCUACUGUGUCCCAGAGCCUUGUGACUCAUUAUGUGCCCCUGUUAGACCGCCUGUGCUCAGCGCUGCUUUUCCCAGACGAAGCACUGAAGGGUGCAGUGGUGUAUGUGUGGCUCCAACUGCUUGGAGCUCCUGGGGGCUCAGCAGCCCAGUCCUUGCCUUCUGCUGUUAGGGACAGAGUGUGUAAUGUGUUGCUGAAAACAUUAGCCAAUGCCAGCUCCCCGCAGCUCCUCAGAUAUUGUGUCGGCCUGCUGUCACAGCUUGUGCAUCUGGCUGAUGCUGUGUCAGUUCUGAUGAACAGCCUGAGCUGUCAGGUCAUGUGCGAUGAGAACGAGGACAUCCUCGCCAACAACAGCCAGAGCCUCAGCCAAAACCAAGACCAACAGCCCCCUGACCACUGCCUUCUGCCUCUCAUACUGAAAAAGUUGCUUCUGAGUGGCGAUGAGAACUUGCAGGUGACCAGUGCAAAGUGUAUUGCAUCUGUUCUGGUUCAUUCCCCCAGUCAGUACAGUGCUCCCUUCAUCAACGCUGACGUACCUGAGUUUCUGUUUGACCGUCUGGCCUGUAGUAGCAACGAGGUGCUGCUGUGGUCUGCCUACAGCUGCUUGCUGCUACUAACUGAGGAGCCCCUCUUUUUCUCCCAGUGUCACUCUGUUUACGGUAUGGAGUCCUUGGUGCGCAGUCUGAAGGAGUCUUUGCAGCUGACCAACCUGGAAGUGCCAAAACAAGGGUUGCUGCUCCUCAGAGAAAUACUGGAGAGACAACCUGCAAGUGUGCGUCUGUUCCCCAGUGGCGCAGGGUUUGUGGCAGUUUCAGAGGUCCUGGUUGGUGGAGUCUCCUCUUCCUGCCUGCUGGUAGCCACACAGGCAGCCAGCGUUACUUCUGCUUUGUUCAGACUCGACCACCAGUCCAGACCAGUCCAGUACGAGGCAAUAAUCAAGUUGAUAGAGGCCAUCACCAACAGAUUUGUCAACCUAACGCUGCCCUCCCCCGCUCAUCUGCGAAGCUCUGGGAGAAUGAAGAGGUCAGAUCCCAGCAGCCAGGCUUUGAGGUCUGAAAGAUUUCUGCUCCAGGCCCUGGUCUGUUUUCACUCUGCCUGCAGGCUGGCUGAGGAGUGUGCAUCAGACCCUGUUUUGAAGGAGAACACAUUUACAGCUCCAUACAAGCACAGCGGUGCUCAGGACUCUCUAGAGUCUCUGUGUCAAUGCCUGCUCCGCUGCUGUGACGCUGUCUGGAUACCCACUGUUAUAAGGAUGUGUGAGCAUGCACCCAGUGCCCCCAUACUGCAGAACUUCUACUCUAUCCUAUCUUCCCAGUUCACCCUGCUUCCAUCUCUCAUGCCUGCCUUUGCAAAUAAGCUCGCGUCCUCUGGUUUCUACAGACUGGCUGUGGAACACAAAGGCCUCCUCUGUGCAGGAAACAGGAACCCAAAUCUGAAUGCAUCUUGCUGUGGUUUUCUACAAAAACUCAGUAUGUGUCUUCUCUCCCAGUCAGACCUUCCUUCUGGCUCCCACCAGCACGAUCUGAAGGAGGUUGAAAAUCUACUGCUGCACAACCUUCCCUCUUUGUGUUAUCGCCUGUCAGAGUGGCCCUCUGUGCUGUGUGAAUAUCAAGGACCACAGGCUCCGAAAUACUGCCUGGUGAUAAUACUGUACCUCGCCCUGCAGCAAGGAGACAGGCUCCUCCCUGACCAGAUAGUCUUCUCCAAUGUUGUGUGGCUGUUGCGCUCUGUGCAGGAGCAGGGCUGUGUCCCGCCUCACUCUGUGCUCCGCUCUGCCCUCUACCUGCUGGCACUCACACAGGACAAGAGCCCCUCACUCGAUGGGGCUUCUUUGAAUUGCAUCAGCAAGGCACUCUCCUCCUGCCAAAGCUUCUCUUCGCUCUACUUUCACCAUCCUGCGCUGAUCCACUUCAUGUGUCGAUACCCUGAGCUGGCAGAGAAAUUUGCCGCCCUGGUCUUGGAGCUGUGGUUGACCAAGGAACAGGACACAAACACAGGGCCUACCCCGGCAGACACACAGGAGGAGAAAGAAAGCCGUGCAGAUGAGAGGUCGGAUCAGAAGACAGACACAGAAACCAUGGAGCUGCUGUCUGUGAUGGAGAAGUACCCAGCUGUCAUACUGACCCUCCUGGACAUGGUUUGCACCAGAGAGGCUCCUCUAGCUGAGCGAGUGUUGGGUGUACUAGAAGUUCUUCUGGGAGGUCAAAGAGGCUACAACAUAAACCUGUGUACAAAGCUAAGACCAGCCUUGCUCCAGGCCCUACAGCGGGUCAGUGUGGUGAACACAGACCAUGGGUUUGAACAGGAAUACGCUGCACAGGUGAACUCACUCCCUCUGGUGCUGAAGCUGCUUUGUGUGACGCAGGCCAAUGAUCCACCUUCAUCUCCCCAUUACAGUAAUAUGGAAGGAGUGCACUUCAAACUGCUAUACCAUGUGAGCAACGUAGCAGGGAGGUUGAAGCCUAUAAAAACAGAGAGCCUGCUGCCUGCCAUCAGCUACCUGUACUGCUGCCUGAGCCUGUCCCCUGCACACUGCACUGACAGAGCUGUCUCCAUGCUGCUCUCUAACAGCGGGCUGAUGGACCAGCUGCAGACAGUCUUCUCCUCUUCCUCCUCCUCCUC